AUGAACUCGUUGCUCUCGUCUUAUGACACAGAAUUUAAGACUACCUUUGAUCAAACUGAGCAAGCACUACAGGCUGCGAAAGGGCAAUCUUUACCAGAACGUAACACUACAUUAAGUCACAUAGAAGAACAAAAAGAUGAACUGUUUGAUAUUGUGGAUCAAAUGGAUAUUGAAGUGAAUAACUCUAUUAAUGACCCCACAGCACGUGCAAACUUUAAAUCUAAAUUACGUGAUUAUAGAAAACAAAUUAAUGAUUCAAUAAAGGCUCCUUUACAAAAUUUAAUGGACUCAAGGGAUCGUGAUAUGUUAUUUGGUGAGCAGUUCCACGAUGGAGGUGAUCAAGAUAUGUCUAAUAUGAAUGAAGAGCAAAGACAACAAUUAUUAGCUAAUCAUAAUAUAUUGAAUAAAACUGGUGAAAGAUUAAGAGACGCCUCAAGAAUUGCUAAUGAAACUGAAGGAAUUGGAUCUCAAAUAAUGAUGGAUUUGAGGGCUCAAAGAGAAACUUUAGAAAAUUCAAGACAAACUUUAUUUCAAGCAGAUUCAUACGUUGAUAAAAGUAUUAAAACAUUAAAAGUAAUGAGUAGGCGACUCAUUGCAAAUAAAUUCAUAAGUUACGCUAUCAUUGCUGUAUUAAUCCUAUUGAUCUUAUUAGUACUAUUCUCUAAAUUCAAAUAA